AUGGCGCAUGAGAUAUCCCUCUCUUUAGAAGAAACAAAUAAGCUAAGGCUUUCUCUUGGCUUGAAACCCAUCAACGCUAAAGCUGACGACAAGAAAGACGUUUCAAGAACGCAAGGCAAAGAAAAUAAAAGGGAACCUAACGACAAGAGCGAAGGAGCAGGAGCAGAUUCUCACGGUUACGAGAGGAGCGCAUUCAUAGAUGAUAAAGUUUCAAAGCUGCGAUGGAAUCUCAAACGAGCUAAAAGUAAGAUUUCUUCCCCAGUGACGCUAGUUGACGAAGACGAUGCAGCAGAUGGACAAGAUUGGCUGACAUCAGUUGGUACCAGAAAAAAGCCCAAGAGGACACUAGAUAAGGUCUACGAAGAGCAAGAAGAAGCCUCCCAAGAUGUGGAGCUCGGCAUGAAGAUUUCACAUCGCAUGUCUGAUUUUUCUGGUCGGAGAAAUGUAAUUUUAACUCUUCAGGAGGCAAGCGUCGAUGCAGAGGACAAGGAAGAUGUGCUCGUCGAUGAAGGCGUUACUCAAGACCUGCAGCAGGCGAAACGUCUCGAAUUGAAAAGGAUGAACCAAGAUAGGAAGCGAAAAGGGGUUGGUGCAAACUUUGUGAGCGAGAAUGAAGACCAAGAAGCUACCUCGUUACGCCUAGUUAAUGGCAAGAUUGUUGACGAAGAAACGCUCACACUACAGCAAGAACCCGAAGCGUCUCAAGAUAACAGGAUCAAAGCCUCUAUCGAGCCUUCAGCAAGUGAAGAUGAGGAACGCCAAACCACGGACUUCGCGCCGAUCAAAAUCAAAAAGCGUAAAAAGCUUAAAAGUUCAUCACUGUCACAAAAACGGUCUCGCCCAGUAUCGCAGAUCCCUAAGGUCACAUUAGUAAACGAAGACGCAGAAGAUCCUGCUGAAGAAGAGUUACAGGGGUUUUUGAAAAUUAGGAAAUCCAGAAGUUCUAAGGCCGACUCGAGUGAAAGGAGCGCUGAGCAGAUUGCAAUUGAAGCAAGGAAAGAGGCGCUAGAAAGAAAAGAGCGCGCUACAAAGGUUGCUAAUGUCAAGAUUAGUCAAGAAAUGGUAUUGGAUGAAAACAGCGUUUUUCUUCAUAAUUUGAAGAAAGAUCUCAUCUCUAACAAAAGCUCUUCCCAUAAGUUCGAAAAGUUGAACUUAAAAGCGCCAGCAUCAGAUGAGGCGCAAUCUGUUCCUGGGUCGAAAGCGACUGAUGAAAGAGCCAGUGUUUUUGAAAAGAAGGACGAACCUCAAUUUCAUGAGGGUCUCGCGUCAACCUUAAGUUUCCUGAAAGAGCGCAAUGUGUUGCCGCAACAGCCUAAAGCAUCCACAGCCUCAUUGCGCAGCAAGGACCUCGAGCUCUUAGCGCUGAAGCAGAAACUCGAAACACGCAAGGUCAAAGAGAAGUUCAAGGAGGAGUUGUCUCAAGACAAAAUACAAUAUAGUAGGGAAGAGCUCGACAGAAUAGAAGAACUUCAGCAUCAAGAAAUAGCCAAACGAAAUCAGUCACUACAAAAAGAGCGGCUGGCUGGGUACAAUCCAGAAGUCAAGCUAACCUACAAAGAUGAACGCGGCAACGAGCUCACGACAAAAGAGGCUUACAAACAGUUAUCGCAAGCAUUUCAUGGUACACAUUCGAAUCGGAGGAAGCUCACAAAAGCGCAACGGAAAGUCGAGCAAAGGAACCAGCAGAACCAACACGAAAAUUUCAUGUGA